GCGUCCACGGAGAUUCGGCGCUAGGACCCGGAUCAGAGCGCGCCGCCGCGGGGCUGGAAACUGUUCGGCUGCUACAGAUCCAUCCGAGAGCGCGCAGGAGCCUCAUGCACACUCAUUACACUUGAGGAGGUAUGCUUUAGUAUUUGAGCAUUUCAUUGAGCAGAUUCCCUUUCGAAUGAGGCGCGGUUAGAGCGGAAUAAGCGGCGGUGGGUUUGAUGAGGAUGAGGAUGAAGAGCGCGAGACACCUGUGAUUACAUUCAGCAGCAUCAGUCACUGAGAUGCCUUCAGUAGUAAUAGUCCAAGCGUUCUCCUCCAGAGAGCAGAGAAAGCCGCAGUGAUCUCGAGUCGAGCAGGACGGGGUGUGGUGGUGGUUUACUGCGUGUGACCGAACGCUUCAGCCGAUCAGGAACUUUCCCCACUGAGAACAAGAGGAAAACACCAGGGUUCAGCUCCAGCAGCACUAUGACCGAUGGAGAUUACGACUAUCUGAUCAAACUCCUGGCUCUGGGAGACUCCGGAGUGGGCAAGACCACCUUCCUCUACCGCUACACCGACAACAAGUUCAACCCCAAAUUUAUCACCACCGUGGGCAUCGAUUUCAGGGAAAAGAGAGUGGUUUAUACGACAAACAGCCCCAAUGGAACAACGGGAAAGACGUUUAAGGUUCACCUGCAGCUUUGGGACACGGCGGGACAGGAGAGGUUCAGGAGUUUAACCACAGCGUUUUUCAGGGAUGCGAUGGGCUUCCUGCUCAUGUUCGACCUGACGAGCCAACAGAGUUUCCUCAACGUCAGGAACUGGAUGAGUCAGCUCCAGGCUAAUGCGUAUUGUGAGAAUCCAGAUAUUGUUCUUGUGGGUAAUAAAGCCGAUCUGUCCGACCAGAGAGAAGUUCAGGAGAAACAAGCAAAAGAACUGGCGGACAAAUACGGCAUUCCCUACUUCGAGACAAGUGCGGCCACCGGUGCGGAGGUGGACAAGGCCGUGGUCACGCUACUGGACCUGGUGAUGAAGAGGAUGGAGCAGUGUGUGGACAAACCCGCGGCGGACGCGCAAAACACGGACGGCACCAGCAAACUGGACGCUGUGCCAGCCAACGAGAAGAAAUGUGCAUGUUAAAGAACCAGGAAGUGCCCUUCCUCUAGUGGACAGGUGCGGACGUGCCGCCCGUCUGGCCGAUCUCAGAGCGACGGCACUCGUCUGGAUCUCGCACGUCCGUCCUGACCUACUGUAUUACAGAUAUGUGUGGACAUUUGUAUUUUUCAUUGGAGAGUUUGUGAGAGCUGUCGUACUGCCUCGUGAUCUUUAACAAACCCUGCGAAAUUCACCCCAGAUUAUAAACAAUUGCAAAUGCAUCUCAAGUAGUCAUACACUACCAGUCAAAAGAUUUGAAUAAUUAGGAUUUUUUAAUGUGUCUGAAAGAGUCUCUUCUGCUCAACAAUUCUGCAUUUAUUUGAUCAAAAAUACAGUAAAAUUGUGAAAUAUUAUUAGAAUUUAAAACGGCUGUUUUCUAUGUGAAUAUAUAGUGAAGUGUAA